CUUACUAUUUCUAUCUAGAACAAUCAGGAACCGCAUCAAUGUUCAGCCCAAGUCAAGUUGGUCUGCGCAGAUCACCCGCAUCGAACCUCACGAUUGACAUGUGCGGAACGCCCGCUACCCCUAUCUUAGGUCACCAUUCGUUGAACGUUGGGAGGUGAUAUGGUGAAUGCUGUGAACGGACAUUUGGAUAAGCAUCCAUGCGGCCUCUACCAUGAGGUAUAAGACGUUUUGAGGAACAUACGACAUUCAUCCAUCAGCCACUUGACCGAUAUGCUUCCCCGUCAACCGUAUCGCGGACUAUCUCGCAAGUUGGUCCUUGCUUUUGACGUGGGCACUACAUAUAGUGGGAUUUCCUACUGUAUACUCGACCCUGGAGAAGUUCCUAAGAUCGAGCCUGUCACUAGAUAUCCAGCCCAAGAGCACAGCGGAGGGAACUCUAAAAUACCUUCUAUACUUUACUACGAUUCGAGUGGGACUGUCCGUGCUAUCGGUGCUGAAGCUCGACAGGAGCAUAUUAUCGAAAGGGCCGAGGAAGAAGGAUGGGUGAAGCUUGAAUGGUGGAAACUUCACCUGCGGGCCAGGCAUCUGGCCGCCUCCCAUAUCACUGAUAACGACAUCCCACCUCUUCCGCGAGGCAAAAAUGCCGUCGAGGUUCUCGGCGACUUCAUGCAGUACCUCUUUCGUUGUGCACGCAGCUAUAUCGAGGAGACACAUGCAAGCGGACCUAAUCUUUGGCGGUCCGUCGAGAACCGCAUCGAGUUCGUCCUUACCCAUCCAAAUGGCUGGGAAGGCCCACAGCAGAAACAGAUCAGGCUAGCUGCCGUCCUUGGCGGUCUCAUUCCCAGCACAGAAGAGGGCAUGGCCCGUGUUCAUUUGCUGACGGAGGGAGAAGCGAGCUUGCAUUACUGUGUCGCUAAUAUCCUGGCCUCAGAUACGCUUUCAAAUACGCCGAUACUUGCCUCUGGAGAUGGCGAAGAGGAGGAUACCUCGGCAAGCCAAGGUGUUGUCGUCAUAGAUGCAGGAGGAGGGACCCUCGAUCUUAGUGCCUACUCGAUGACUUUAUCCCCGACACUUAUCGAAGAGAUUGCUGCAGCCGAAUGUCGACUGCAGGGUUCUGUAUUCGUGACCCGCCGUGCUCAUGGCCUUCUUCAAGAAAAACUAUCCGGCAGUCGUUUCGGCACACCAGACAUAGUCCAGCAAAUGACGGACAUCUUCGACAGUACCACCAAGCUCAGGUUUCGCAACCCGGAAGAUCCAUCUUACAUCAAGUUUGGUACCGUCCGUGACAGGGAUCCUCAGCGCGAUAUCCGCAAUGGUCAACUUAAAUUGAAUGGACAAGAUGUAGCAACACUCUUUGAACCUUCCAUCAGCAACAUCAUCGAAGCUUUCGAAAUCCAGAGAAAUGCCUCAGGCACUCCGAUCACAUUUGUAUUUUUCGUCGGUGGUUUUGCUGCGAGCGACUGGAUGUUCGCAAAGUUGCAAAAGUACUUCCAGUCGCUUGGCAUUAGCUUCAGUCGACCAGAUAACCACUGUAAUAAAGCUGUUGCCGAUGGCGCUGUGUCGUACUUCAUCGAUCACCUCGUGUCGUCCCGCGUGGCUCGUUACGCGUACGGCACCGAAUGCAGCGUCCCAUUCAACCCGUUCGAUAUGGAACAUCGCGCUAGGCAAAAGCAAGUUUUCCGAAGUGCCUCGGGAAUUCUUGCUCUGCCUCAUGCAUUUUCAUCCAUACUGACUAAGGGAACACGUGUCUCUGAACAGCAAGAAUUCAAUGAGACGUUUGCCAUCCGACGGUAUAAUCAGGCGGCGUGUAACAACGUCGAAGUUGGCAUCAUGUCGUACAGGGGCCUCCUCCCCCAACCGGAAUGGAUGGAUACGGAGCGAAGUUCAUUCUCGACGUUAUGCACCGUUCGCGCAGACACAUCGAAAAUCGCCCAGAAACUCACCCCUAAGCGCUCCACCGAAGGUUCCACGUAUUAUGCGAUGGAAAUCAAAGUCAUUCUUCUCUUCGGUUUGACAGAAUUGAAGGCUGUGAUCAGCUGGGAAGACGGGGUAAGUCAUCAUUUUCCUGCUGACGCUGUUAGCCUAACCUCUGCAUCCCAGGGAGAGGAAAUACGGCAAGUUCACAUCCUGAUGUAUUUUUUUUUCAUAGUUCUUACUGCAUUUACAGCACUCCGGCAGUGGUAGUUUACGAUGAUGAGCAGGAAGAAGUCUAGGCAUUCUGUAGAACCACCUCGCUCUCAUGCUAUGCGGCAACCGCAGCACCCUGGCUCCUUGAGGUUGUAAUUUUACGCUCCUAUCUAUGGGUUAGCUUUUGAAUUGCCAACAUGUCAUUGAUUUCACCUUUUGCACAAUACAAUAUGCCCUCUUCCAAGAUUCAUGAUGGUUUCGUUAUACUUCGAUGUCACAGUCUCCUGUGUACCUAAUACAUAGGGCGCUGAUCAAACCUUCAAUGAUCCUGCCACAGAACAUGUGCUUAUACAUUGAGUGCACGAGGUCACACUGCCUCGUGUAUCUCGUUGAGGAUUGUUUAUAACAGAUGACCUAUCCGCCAUAUCGCACACAACUAAACCAUGCCACCUCGACAAGCAU